CUCCCCUCACAACCCACUGUUCUUUUUUUCUUUUUUUAAUGUGAGGGGGUUUACCCCCAUAAGAAAGAGAAAGAGAGAAGAAGACCUAUAAAAACACAGCCAAUCAAUGUAAGGAAUACUUGUAAUUCAUAUGGCCUUCAUGAUUAAUAAAAUAUAACACCUACUUCUAUUUAUAUUAUUAUCUAUACUUCUACUUCCACGGUUCAACCAUUCAUGUCACCAAUAUGCUUAGACUAUUGUUCUUCUCAAUCACCUCCUUCAACUUAGUCUUCCAACCUCUUGGAAACUAAGAAAAAGAAAGUGAUGGAUGAGGAAAAGGGGAAGGAUGUGGUGGAGAUUUAUGAUGAAGAAACUCUUGAGCUUAGGCUGCCGACGAAGCCGUUGGACCUCAACGAGGAAGUUAAUGAAGAGAAAGAAAAGGAAGAGGAGGAAGAUAAGGGAAGCUCAAGUGAAGUUAUGGGAGAAAGCGACCAUGGGAGUAGCAACGGUGAAGGAGGUAGAGGAUCGAGUGAGAGCAAGGGGGAUGAAGAGGGCAGAAGGGAGCAGUUGGGGCCAACGGUUAGACAAUAUGUCAGAUCUAAAAUGCCAAGAUUGCGGUGGACGCCGGAGCUCCACCUAUCCUUUGUUCAUGCAGUUGAAAGGCUUGGAGGCCAAGAGAGAGCAACGCCAAAGUUGGUGCUUCAGAUGAUGAAUGUGAGGGGGCUUAGUAUUGCACAUGUAAAGAGCCACUUGCAGAUGUAUAGAAGCAAAAAACUUGAUGAUUCUGGGCAAGAAAGAUCCAACAUUUCUUCAGCAUUGUCACCAUUUGAUGCUCAUAUGAGAAGAGAUCGUUUCCAUGAGAUGUUUUAUCAAAGACCUGGUUCAUACCAGCCUUUCAGAAUGGAGAGAGGGGGCUUCUUUCGAGCAGGAAACAUUCAUGAAGAUGAUUGGUUUUAUAAGGUUUUGCAGAAAUCUCAGUCCCAACAACCAAUAUCAGAUUUCAAGAACACCAGCUUCAGCAGAAACCAAGAAUGGGUAUUCAACCAGCAUAUAGCAGCAAGAGCCAACACAAUCAAAGAACAAGACCAUGCCAAUGGAUUAUUACAUGGUAUGAUCUUUAAGAAAGAAGGGAAGACAGCAGCUUCUCAUUUAUUUGAUGUGAGGGAUGUGCUCACAGUUAAUGAGAUAUCAAGAAAACCUUACAAGCUCCAAGAGGAGAGGCAAUGGCAACUGGGAAGGAGCACAUAUCACAAUGAGAAUUCGAUUAGUUCUUCCAUGAGCAAUUCUAACUUUGGGAAGAGAGUAAAUAACUACAUCAUUAACCAGUCUUCCCUUCGUGAUCCUUUUGCCUUCAAAUCUAGACAAGAGACUCAAAAUUUUCAGUCUCCAAUACACCAGGCUGAGUUAAGAAAGCAAGAAGUUUUGGAAAGGGAGGAACCUCUAAGAGAUACAAAGAGAACGCGGCUUAUAAAAGAAGAAAACGAGAAGAUGCCGGAUUUGCAGCUAAGCUUGAGCACAAGCUCCAUGGAAAAUGGAUUUGAUGCCAAGAGAAGCUCUGAAACAGGAGUAGACAGUGAGCUCUCACUUUCUCUCACCCCAACUAUUUCUACUGAAAAUAAGAAGAUCUUCAAAAUGCAAGACAAAAUAAUGAACUCAGAGAUCGAUUUCUUCAAGCUGAGUAGCAGCAAUAAAUCAAACCUAAGGAUAAGUACUUUAGAUCUCACCAUGUCAAUCAAUUAGGCAUUGGAGUGAGAUCUUUCAAGUACUUGCCUCAUUGCCUUAAUUAAUUUUUAGGAAACUAAUUAUGUUUAGCUAUGUAACCAUGGAAUACCAUGUUCAUGUUUGAUGCAUUUUAGAGGAUAGUAGUAGCCUGAUUAAUAUAUGUUAAAUGUCAAGGUUACUAAAAUCAUCUGAAAUAUGAGAGUUAUGUAAUGUCAUCAGAACCAUUAGGAAGUCAUUUUGGAGACCUAUAAUGAUAAUGAUUUAGCUUUCUCAUUCA